AUGGCUUGCCCGGUCUUCCCCUACGCUCCGCACGAGAUGUUCCACCGGGUCCCCUGCGCUCCGCACGAGAUGUUCCACCGGGUCCCCUGCGCUCCGCAUGAGAUGAUGAGGGCGCAACCGCCGGCGCCGGUGGAGCUGCGGCUAUCGGACCUCGAGAGGAUCGGCGACCUCGGCGAGGGCGGCUUCGCCAGGGUCACCAAGGUGCGCCACCGCGGCACCGGCGCGGUAUUCGCGCUCAAGGUGGCGUUCGACCAGGACCCCGCGGACGAGGAGGCCGAGGUGCUCCGCCGCGCCGCCGGGUCGCCGCACAUCGUGCGCUGCCACGCCCUGCUCCGCGGGCGCGGCGGCGAGCUCGCGAGCGUGCUCGAGCUCAUGGACGCCGGCUCGCUCUUCUCCGUCCUCCGCCGGCGUGGGAAACUGGGACUCCCGGAGCCGGCGCUCGCCGAGGUGGCCGCGCAGUGCAUCAACGGGCUGGCCCAGCUCCACUCCCGCGGCGUCGCGCACCUCGACAUGAAGCCGUCCAACCUCCUUGCCAACACUCGCGGUGAAGUAAAGAUCGCCGACUUCAACACCUCCAGGAUCCUCUACGGCGGCGCCGGCGAGCGCCUCCUUGUCUCCAUCACCGGCGGCACUAGCGCCUACUUCAGCCCCGAGCGGUUCGCGCGCAACGCCCACGCUGAGCCGCACGGCACCAUGGCCUCCGAUGUCUGGGGCCUCGGCAUCACCGUCCUGGAGCUGUUCUUGGGGCGGUUCGCCGUCCUGCCCGCUGUAGUGAAGCCUUCUUUUGAGCAGCUGAAGCAGGCGAUCUGCCACGGGGAGCCUCCGUCUGUGCCGGAGGAUGCAGAUGCAUCGACGGAGCUGCGCAGGUUCGUGGCCGCGUGCCUGCAGAAGGAGCCGAGGCGGCGCGCCACGGUGGCGCAGCUGCUCGGGCACCCGUUCAUCACGCGGCGCGACGUCGUGGUGUCGAGACGCGCGCUGCGGGAGCUCAUCGUGGAGACCCUGUAG